GAGAACAGUUCGAUGAGGCUAAAGUUGGCGCCGCUCGUCGGCGCCUCGGCGGUCGUUAACGCCGCCUUCCCGGCUUUAGCAGCGAUGCCACACCUCGUCGAAGAGAUCAGCAUCUUGCUAGACUAUUCCGCGCUGUGGAGCCUCGAAGAUGCGAGCUCCAUUGGUGAUUUACGACUUGUGAAGCGCGUGGCUGCCCAUGACCAGCGCCGCUUGACCGUUGUGGAUCCCCCGCCGUCAUAUUUGGCGUGUCGAGCGUCGUUUACUGCUGCUGUAGCUGAAGCGGCGGAGGAAGGGCACAUUGCUGUCUUUCAGUGGCUCGUAGCGCACUUCGCAGCUACAACUUGGGACGUGACGGAUGCCAUCGUUCGCGCAUCCAGACACGGUCAUCUGAACAUAUUACAGUGGGCUCAGAGCCAUGAGGAGCUUGUGACGUUCCGCUGGACCACCAAGACGAUGGUUGUGGCAGCCAUCGAAGGGCACUUUGACAUUGUACGCUGGCUACAUGAACACUCGUCUGCUCCCGGGUCUCCACACGUGAUGGACUGCGCUGCAGAGGCUCUCGAUCUGCCCAUGCUUCAGUGGCUCCAUGCAAACAGGACGGAGGGUUGUACUCCUUACGCUAUGGACAACGCAGCACGCAAAGGCAGUUUGGAGAUCGUGCAGUGGCUACACACCCACCGAACAGAAGGAUGUACGACUGGAGCGAUGGAUGGAGCUGCCAUGAACGGCCAUCUACAAGUGCUCCAGUGGCUGCACGCGAACCGUCAUGAAGGGUGCACAGCUUCAGCGUUACAUUGUGCAGCAGUGAACGGACACGCACACGUCGUGCGAUGGCUAGAUGAGAACAUCGCGGUGGGCAAUCGACGCCGAGCGCUCGCGUCAGCUGUUCGCUGGGGUCACCUUGACGUGGUCAAGGCAUUAGCAAAAUAUUGCUCUGUCAAUGCGAGCGUGGACUCGUCAAGAGAAGUCACAGCUGCCCGUCAUCGUGCUGAAGCGGAAAUGCGCAUCCCAAACACUUCCAGUUUGUUACGAGCGAGACGAGAGCGCAUUUUAUAUUCGCAACGGAUUCUGGACGGGCCUGCUGAGGAAAAUGCCGUGUGGUAUGGCCGUCUAGAAGUGCUGCAGUUCCUCUUCUCGAACGGAAUGGUGUCCAAAAACGGUCGCUCGCGAGCGGAACUGGCCGCUACCGCGACAGUACGAGGCCACCCGCAUGUUACAAAGUGGCUCCUAGACUUUACAACGUAG